AUGGGUUCAGCUCCAAGUAAUCACAUUCAAUUCGAUCCAUACUUACCUCUACAAAGUCCUAGAUUAAGGCUCCAGCAAAGUGAUUUCCAUGAUCCUCACGCAAAACAGCAAACCUACAAUAGAUCUAAAACUAAAAUCAUACACUGUGGUUUUCACGGCAUAUGGAGUCAAUAUGUUCCUAACUGUGUAUGCCCUGCGCCAAGAUCAGGUCAUUUUUCGUGUUAUUCUGAUGAUAUGCACACUUUAUUCAUUGGCUACGGUACAUCAUACAAAAAAGAAUUAUUAAAUGAUGUAUGGGCUCUAGAUUGCGUUCAAAAGAAAUGGACGCAAUUAAAUCUUUCUGGCGAAAUUGUAUCACCUCGUACAGGAGCCUGUGCAUUUUAUAAUGAUAACAAGAUAAUUGUUUUCGGAGGCGUUGCAGACUCUGUUUAUUACUCCGAACUUCAUUCAAUCGAUCUUGAAACCGGAUUCGUCUACCACAUUCAAACAACAGGUCUCGAACCGAGCCCAAGAAUGACACCAAUUUUCUUUAUGCACGAUUCUAAGAUCUUUGUCUGGGGAGGAUAUAAUGAUCAGUGGCCGAAUGAACUGAAUGUACUUGAUCUUAAAACAAUGCAUUGGGAGCAAAUUCAACAAACAAUCACAGGACGAACAGCCGUUCCAUUCAUCAAAUAUAACAAUCGAAUUUACUCUUUCGGAUGUUGUAAAAAUAGCAAUUUACUUGUAAUCGAUCCAGACAAAUAUACAAUUACAGAAAUUCCAACAUACGGAUCACAACCUUCGUUUUCAACCAUUGGAGCCGGAAUGACCUUGGUUGAUCACUUUGCCUUAUUUUUCGGCGGAAAAGCAGCAUCAGAAUAUGCGCUUCUUUAUGCCUGCGACUUAGAGAAAGCUACUUGGUUUGUAUUUUAUGUUGUUCCUGAUAAUGAAUCGGUUACUCAAUCAGAUGGAAUGAUAUCUGAACUCGGCAUGUUUUUGAUACCCAGAAAAGCUAAUUACUCACUCGUUUACGAACCGCUAACCCAAGAAAUUAUAUUUACAUUAGGUUUGCCAGAAUUGGCUCCACCCCCUCUUUCAAUUAUCAAUAUUUCGAAUGCACUUGCACAUUUACAUCAUAGAGAUGAUAUGUGUAGCAUACUUCAAUUCAAGAACAAUCGAAAUUCCAUGUAA